AUGACUGAGUUGAAGUUCUUUUCCAUAUGGCUUCAAGCUAUUCUGCUUCUUUCUGAACUCGUCUUCAACGCUUUUGGUGCAUAUGUGGGGAUAAACAUCGGCACCGACCUCUCUAACGCCCCCUCGGCCGCUGACAUAGUGGCUACCCUGAGAGCCCGUGAGAUAACCCAUGUGCGGCUUUUUGAUGCUGACCCCCACCUUCUGGCGGCCCUCUCCGGCACGGGCAUCGAGGUCAUGGUGGGUGUGACCAACGACGAGCUCCUCGGCAUUGGCGAGCGCCCCCCCACUGCAGCAGCUUGGGUCAAAAAUAAUGUUGCUGCCUACCUCCCUUCCACCAACAUCACCGCCAUUUCCGUUGGCAGCGAGGUCCUCACUGCCCUCCCCAAUGCAGGGCCCGUCCUCGUCCUUGCAAUGGCCAACCUCAACCGAGCCCUUGUUGCCUCUAAUCUCAACUCUCAGGUCAGGGUCUCCACCCCACAGUCGAUCGAUAUAAUCCCCCGACCUUUCCCCCCCUCGACUGCCGAGUUCAACUCCACAUUCAACUCCACUCUUUUCCAAAUUCUACGCUUCCUCAAGAACACAAACUCCUUCUUCAUGCUGAACGCGUACCCGUACUAUGAGUAUGUAAAGGGUGGCGGCAUUUUCCCGCUCGAAUACGCCCUCUUCCGGCCUCUUCCCUCUGUCAAACAGAUUGUUGACCCGAACACGCUGUUUCACUACGAUAGCAUGUUUGACGCCUUGGUGGAUGCCGCUUACAACGCCAUCUCAGCCAUGAACUUCUCACGAAUUCCAAUUGUUGUCACCGAGACGGGCUGGCCGUCGCUCGGUGAGACCAACGAGCCCGACGCGACCCCUCAAAAUGCUGAGACUUAUAAUAAAAAUCUGGUGACAAGGGUCGUGGAGAAUGACACGGGCCCACCCAGCCAGCCCGGAUUUCCAAUCAAUACAUACAUUUACGAGCUGUAUAACGAGGACAAGAGGCCCGGACCCAUUUCGGAGAGGAACUGGGGGAUCCUAUUCACGAAUGGUAGCAGUGUGUACAACUUCAGCCUGACUAGUUCGGUUAGUCUUAACACAAAUUCUUCGGGGGGUUUUUGUGUGGCGAGAGGGAAUGCGGACGAGGUUGCUCUACGGAAUGGGCUUAACUGGGCUUGUGGGCAGGCGCAGACGAAUUGUAGGGCGAUCCAGUCUGGUCAGCCUUGCUAUGAGCCCAAUACUUUGGUGAAUCACGCGUCAUAUGCUUAUAAUGAUUACUAUCAGAGGAUGCGUGCCUCGGGCGGGACAUGUGACUUUGGCGGCACGGCCAUGUUGACUAAUGACGAUCCUAGUUAUGGAUCUUGUAGAUUUGCUGGAAGCUCGAAUUCGACGGGGGGACUGUUUCCACCAGCAGCACAGGGACCUGUUGGCCCGUCUUCUGGGAGCUCAAGGAAAUUAGUUCUUCAUAUCGAACCAGAAUUCACGAAUAAAAAUGUCAAUCAUUUUAACGAAGAAGCUAAGGUAUUGCCUCCUCAAGCAUUAUUUCCUGAAUCGUUUGAAGUUGGUGCUAUCUCAAGCUUCUCCUCAAAGAAACAGCAAGCAGAGGUCGUCAUCCCGGAUUUAAUCGCUCCGGCCUUGCAAACCUCGAACAACACCCAAGGCGAAUUUUUGUCAGAUUUUCAAAUCGGUUCUCUACCGGUGAAUCUUCGUCAAGAUCCGCCGUUUUCGCCGGCUAAACCACUAAAUCCGCCGAGCUCACAUGUCACGCGUAUGGGCCGUACAAUGCCAGUUUAG